AAAAAUGGAGUUGUAUUCUCUGGAGUGGGGAGACCAGAUAGAUCUUGCAAAGUUCAUUGUUGCUCCAGCUCCAUAUGGUGGACCUUUAGCUUUGAUGAGAGAUGACAGUAACAACCCAAAUUUGUCAGGAAAUGUGAAGCCGAUCAUUCAUGCAUUCACUUCAUCUGGUAAACCUAUAGGUCAACUUAGAUGGUCUAGUGGACGUAUCAAGAAGAUGGGUUGGUCAACCACCGAAGAUUUGUUAUGUGUACAGGACGAUGGUGUGGUUCUGGUUUACGAUAUUUUUCUGAACUUUAAACGACAGUUUGGUCUAGGACAGGAAGCAAAAGACACAAAGGUUUUAGAUGUACGUAUCUUUCGUAGCUAUAAAGGUACAGGGAUUGCCGUUCUCACAUGUAACUACAGAAUAUUCAUGGUCAACUGUAUAGAUGAUCUGAGAGUAAGAAGGCUGGCCGAAGUUCCAG